AUGUCCAGGUUUCAAGAUAUUUUAACACCUCAUGAUGCAGUCUUAGUGGAAAGGGGCGAAAUUGGUGACGCUAACGCAGUUCAGCUCCGCAAUGCAGUAUUUUGGUUUAAUUCGAAUAUUUUUGACAGAAAGAAACCUCAAGAUCAUGCCAAUAUUCUAGCAGAAGACUAUAAAAUAGUCAAGAAAAGAUAUGGAAAACAGGUCGAGUUUAACUCCUUCAAGAAUCGCAAGGGACAAUCAGCGGCCAAAAAGCGAGUCCCCGAUGGCCAUCAUGAUACUGGAAUAGAAUACAUUGUCGACUAUUUUGAGAAAUAUUUACAAGCUAUUCCCAAUCAUGGUCCAUUUUAUCGAAAAUUAUUAUCGACCAAUAGUCAAGAAUCUGAAUCUGUUAUAAGGUAUUCAGAUGAAGUUAUGACACUAGCAGACCUUGACGAAUUAGGGAAAUGGAAGCGCCAUUGGAAUAAAUUUGCCCAGGAAGAAGUGGAUAGAACAAUUGGGUCUGAAAUAAGUGAUGAUGAGAUUUUACAUCAGUUAGGCAUCAUUAGCACAGACGAUUCGGAGUUGUUAUUGAAGGCUGUCUACUGGUUGAAUUAUAACGAUUUAGGAUUACUUGAAUUCAAAAAUCAGCAAGAACUCCGAAAAUCACGACUGAAAUUAAUAACUAAAAAAGGAAAGCAAUUUAUUCGACUCAAACAUGAUAUUGGUGCGACCGAAGUGCAAGGUUCUGUAAACGACUUAAGAAGCAAAAUUUACAUCAUCUACAUGAAUGCUGUCAGCGGCUUUGAUGAUACGAAGUUUUAUUUUCGACCGAUUAUGGAUGCAGCCAGUAAGGAUAAAACUGAAUUUUCCGAAUCCAGUUUAAGUACUAGUCAUUUGCGAGAGUUGCAUAAAUGGGCGAAAAGCAUAAAUGAUUUUAUGAAAGAAAUUCGUAGCAAUUCCCUACUUCCAACAGGAUGCUGUAAGAUUACCCCUGAAAUAAAGUCAAAAUUGAUGGAAGCACUAAGUUCUCUACCAAUACAGCACAACCACCUCUCGUGUAUUAUUAGCAGUAACGAUAACGUAAAUGCAUCCAAGAGGCCAUUAAGUGAUACACGACCAGCAAAGAAAAAAAAAUGA